AACAGUCGGGCAACCUCCGCUCUUCUCCCACCUCUACAAUCCUCGAUUCCAGAAUCAGUCCGUCUCUAGCCCGAGCCGAUGUCGGUUUUGUCGAGUGAGCGCGACGAACGGCAGCUUUUUUGAGUUUGUUGUCAUUGUCCGUCGCCGUCGAGCCGAGUGAACGCCAUGGCCGAGCGCAAGGGAUCUCUCAUUGCGAAAUCCGUCUCUAAACACGCCGGGAGAGCCAAAGAAAAGAUACUUCAAAACCUGGGAAAAGUUGAUAGGACAGCUGACGAUAUAUUUGAUGAACACUUGGAGAAUUUUACCAGACAGCAGCAGGCAGCUAGUAGACUCCAAAAAGAAUUUAAUAAUUAUAUAAGAUGUAUACGAGCUGUACAAGGGGCAAGUAAAAGUCUUUACGAUUGCCUUAAUGAUGUUUAUGAGAGUGGAUGGGUUGGUCAAGAUGUCCUCUACGCUCAGACGCAGAACAUAGAAAUGCUUUGGCAAGAUCUGAGUCACAAAUUAGCAGACCAAGUGCUACUUCCCCUGAACACGUACUAUGCUCAAUUCCCAGAAACAAAAAAAAAGAUUGAUAAAAGGUCUCGAAAAUUAGUCGACUAUGAUGGGCAAAGGCACAACAUGCAAUCCCUUGAGGGAGGUGGUGGCAAAAAGAGAGAUGACGCCAAGAUUUCAAAAGCCAAGGAACAACUGCUGCUAGCUAAAAGGACAUACGACACCUUAAACAGUGAACUCCAUGAUGAACUUCCUGCUCUGUAUCAUUCCAGAAUUUUGUUUUUUGUUAACAACCUCCAGACAUUAUUCUCUGCUGAACAGGUCUUCCAUGCAGAAACUUCCAAGGUUUACUCUGAACUAGAAGCUAUUAUUGAUAAACUAGCAAUGGAAACACAAAAACAAUCAUACACACCUAGGAGAGUAACAAAUUCCCCAAAAUCAAAUAAUAUUAACACGAAUAGCCCGGGGUCUCCAUCUUCUAUGACAGCCGAGGAGGCUUCAAGUGAACCUUCAGAAUCUCCAAAAGACGAGAAUUCCCCCGAGACCCCAGCUGAAGAGAUGGACACUACUCCUACGGCAAAUGAAGCAAAAUCAAAAGAGUUGUCAAAUUGCAAUGAUGAAGAAAAAUCCAACAAACCAGAACAAGAGAAGUUAAAUGAAACAGAAACAAAAGCCAGCCCUGUAGACCCUGUUAGCACACCCACUGUCAAUGGUAAUUCAAUUCCAAGUCCGACAACAACUGAAGCUAAUACAGAAGCCAAUAAUAACAGAAGAUUAACAGAUUAUGAAUUACCCCCUGGAGCCACAACAGAUAAUUUGCCUCCAGGGGUUCUCUACAAAGUGAAAGCUACUUAUCGGUACAAUAGGGAAGAUGUUGACGAGCUGUCUUUUGAAGUAGGAGAAGUUAUACGUGUAAUCCAAUAUGACGAUCCAGAAGAACAGGAGGAUGGUUGGUUGAUGGGAGUAAAGGAAUCAACAGGGGAAAAAGGUAUGUUCCCUGCAAACUUUACUAGACCCUUAUGAGUUGGGUUUGAAAAUUGCAGCUAUAAAUUUAUAUAUAUAAAGUUAAAAUUUUCUUUAUUUCAAAAGAACCUUAAAUUUAAUAAGGGGCAAGGUUUGUGAAAAUCUUCCUUACAUAUAAUUUUCCCAUGAAAUUCCUUCUAAACGCAUUUAUAAUAGUGAGUUAAGAUGUUUACUCCUCUGUUGGAAGAAUUUCUUUGGAUCAUUUCUUGGCUCAAGUAGUCUUAAUAUUAGCAAAUAACAAAAAAAAAAAGUGUACAAAAAAUAAAUGUUGAGUAAAAACUCUUAUAUAUAAAUAUAUACAUAUAUAUAUAUUUUUACUAGAAAGUAAUUGCAUUCUGAGAACCAAAUUAGUGCCUUCCUAGAGAUAUCCUAGGUUUUCCUUUAAAUUAAAAAAAGAAAAACUAGAUUAAUAACAACAACAAUCAAAAUAUAAUUCAAUGACACGAUCUAAACAUGAUCUAUAAAUAAUUUGAAUGUUAUUUAUUAAUAGUGUUAAAAUUUCCAUAUUAAUGAAAUAUAUGCAAUUUAUUGAGAUAUUACCACUACCCUAGAAAGCUGCCAAGAAGGUAGGUUAAAUCUAUAUUUAUAUUAUUUACACUUUUUUUUAGUCAGUUAGGAAGUGUGAAAGAUUUCCUUCUUUGCAAAUAUUUUUUUGUUCAAGUAAGUUUCUCCUUGUGAUGACUGAAAUAACUUUUUAAAUAUCCAUUGAUUUACUUCACCUAACAAUGGGAUAUACAUUUUAUGUCACUCGCAAUGCCAAAAAAUAAAUAGAUUUGUUAUAUUUAAAAUAAAUAAAUCUUCAAUCUGUGAUGCACUGUUUCGCAGGCCUAAUGCUAUCAGUUUUCAAAAAAGUAGAAAUUUCCUUGACGUAAUACAUAAGAACAUGUACUCUGAAAGUGUUAAUUUUUCUCCAAAAGUGUUAUAUAACUUUUCAACUAUAAAUAUAUUCAAAAUGAUAAUAAUAAAGUUUAUUAGAUUGUGUGGAUUUUAUUUUUUAAUCGGACAGAUGUAAAAAUAUGUAUUUACAUUUUUAUGGAAUGUUGGUUAUUGAAUUAUUUUACAUCGUUUUGUUUGUAUUUCAUGUAAUUUAGGACAGGCAGUUAUGUACCUUUACUUUAAAUGUAUGUUUUUGAAAGUAUUUGAAUGUUAAUAGUAUUUCAUUGAAUGGUAAUAAUAACAUAAUAAUUUUAAAAUAUGUAGUGUUAAAAUCAGUUGUUAUAAUCGAAACAGAAAGAUGUUUACAUAGGAUUAUUAUAAAUUAUUUUUCAUUAAUAACAAAUUAUUGUUAGAAACAUUUUUGGGUUUUAUUUUUGAGAAAUUGGAAUAGAGUAAAUCCAGUCUAGUUAUUUUGGAUUUAUAUUUAUAGCAGUUGGAUAUGUGUUAAAAUAAGCCUUGAUUGACAACCAUGUGGUUACAUGUAAUACAAAAUAUUCAACUGUCCUCACUGAUUGAUAGUAUAAAUUUUAAACUAUAAACACAAACUUUGGUUGUUAUUUACUUAUAUAACACUUCAAACUUUCAUGUUUGGCCAUGUCAGAUUGGUGAUACUAUUUUGCAAUAUCAUAAAUUUUUAAAAUGUAUAAUCUUUAGAAAAGACAUUUUGUUCUUGGCAUGUGGAUCCAUUUGUGGCUGUAUUUGUAUGUUCAACUAAUUUCUUUGAACUAAAGAAAAAUGUUAAUAUAUUAUUAUAUAUUUUUCUCAAGCAGGGAGUUGUAAUAAAUGUCCAGUUUUAUGGUUGUGAGUUCUUCAAAUAUUGAAAAUAAGAAUUUGUUAAAUAUUUUAUGCCUGCAAACAAAGAUUUUCAAUUCAAAAUUAAAAACAUUAAAUGAUAAAAUGUUAAAUAAGAACAAAUUUUCAUUUUCAGUUAGGGGCCCAAAUAACAUGAAUAAUGUAGGAUAUAGUGACUGGCAUGAUUGUAUAAUUAUUGUUAUGAAGUGCCAUGCGUGACUGAUAUAUUGUUUUGCUGAUUAAUACAUGAUUUUACUGAAGAUACGAUAAUACAUGAAUGCUGUAAAGUGAAUAAAUUUUAUAGGUUUAAUGGAUUAAAUAUUCAUAAUUUAUAAA